AUGCAUACAGAGACAGAAAACAGCGCAAAGUAUGACAAAAAACACAGAGUAAUUGCCACAAACAUGCCGUUCAACGUCGCCGACCAGCAGAUUCUAAAGCACUUCAGGGGAGCCGUUUCCAUUGAGAGGCAUCGAAAAGGGGGGGUGGCCACCGGGGCCGUUUUUAUACAGUGCGAGAACGCUGUUGAUGUCAGCCGAUUCAUAAAGACUUUGGACAAGUCGCGCCUGUGCGGAAGAGAGAUCCGGGUGGCGCAGCUGCACGAUCGAGAAGUUUUCAAGGCCCGGCAGAAGACCGGGGCUCUGGACGAGGAAGAGAACGAAAACGAGAACGAGAGCGGAAAAAGGAGCGAAGAUGACGAAAACGCCCGAGGGCGCAAAAGGAGAUUGGAGUUCGAUAGCAUGCAGAAGAGAAGGAUGCCAGACGGCGAGGAAGAGCGGACUCUUUUCAUCACGAACAUUUCGUUCAAGGACACGGAGGAGCAGCUCGUUGAGGUCUUCUCAGAGCACGGAGAAAUUGAGCAGUGCACCCUGGUGCAGAACAAGGAAACAGGCGUGCCAACGGGAAGGGCGUUUGUUCUCUACAAAAACAAGGAAAGCUGCAAGGCUGCGCUCAAGCAGCCAAUCUCGCUGAACGGGCGGAGUUUGGUUGUGCUGAAGUAUAUUUCCCCGGAGAUUCUGAAGCAGAAGGAGGCCCAGCAGAAAGAGAAGGACUACCAAAGAGAAAAAACAAUAAAAGACAGAAAAGAGGGCAAGCUAGAGCCCAGAGACCCUAGCAAGCUGAGCACGUGCAGGGUGCACAUCUCGCACAUGGACAAGAAGCACACAAGAAAGUCUAUCUCCAAGGUGAUCGAAGAGCACUUCCUGGAGAAGCACGAAAAGAAGCUGAAGCUUAGAGGAGUGAACCUGACUGCAAACUCUUCAAAGAGAAACCCUGGAUACUGCUUUGUCACGUUCAAGUUCCCUGAAGACGCCGAGACGUUCAUACAGGAGCAGAACAGGAUGAGGCGGAAGAUUGGGCCUAGGAUGGUCGCCGAGUACGCAAUGGAGAGCAAAGAGUUCCUGGAAAAGGGGAUAAAGAAGAAGCCGUCUAAGAUAGAGAGGGUGGAAAAGAGAAACAAGAAGCUCAUGAGAGAAAAAAAGCCCGAAGCAUCCCAGGAGGAGUAG